GUUGGGGGUAGUUGCCUUGAACUAAGCUUUAGCAUUAUUAAAUUGAUAUUUGGAUAUUUUCUGCUGGAACUGGCUGUGGCAGGAGCAGACCUUCAAAUUUUUGUUGUAGCAGGAGAAUGUUUUUGGAAUUUUGCUGGACACUCAUCAUGUUCUCAAAUACGACACUUCAGAAAACGCUGGUGAUGUUGAUGUCUUUAUUGGUGAUUGCCUGGAUUUAUUUUAUAAUUUAUCCACAAUCUGCAAAGUUUUGGUCUGUUGUAAAAUUACCCUCCACGGAGUCCUCACACCUUAAAAUACCAAAGAAUCCUCUAAGAUCACCAACAGAGACUGAUGUGAGAAUAAAGGAGAUCGUGAGGAAACUAGACCAGCUGUUCCCACCCAGACCCUUCACCCACCAGAACUCCACCACCAGUGCCGUGCACAGCAGAGCCACCGUCCUCAACCCUCGAGACACCUACUGCAGGGGGGAUCAGCUAGACAUCCUGCUGGAGGUGAGGGACCACUGGGGACGCAGGAAGGAACACGGCGGGGACUUCCUGAGGGCCAGGAUGUCUUCCCCAGCCCUGCAGGCAGGCGCCUCGGGAAAGGUGAGGGACUUCAACAACGGCAGCUACCUCGUCAGCUUCACCCUGUUCUGGGAGGGCCGGGUCUCGCUGUCCCUCCUGCUCAUCCACCCCAGUGAAGGGGCGUCGGCUCUCUGGAGGGCACGGAACCAAGGCUACGACAGGGUGAUCUUCAUGGGCCAGUUUGCCAACCGCACCUCCCAGGCCCGCUCCGAAUGUGGCCUGACCCUAAACACAAGCGCUGAGCUGUGCCAGUACCUGGACACUCGAGACCAAGAAGCCUUCUACUGUGUGAAGCCUCAACACGUGCCCUGCGAUGCUCUAACCCACGUGACCACAAGGAACAAAAACAUUUCCUAUCUCACUGUCAAGGAAAAAAGCCUUUUCCAAAGGUCCAAUUUGGGCGUUGAAAUGAUGAAAGAUAUUAAAGUCAUUGAUGUCUCCGGAUGUAACAAGAGUGAAAAGAAAAAAGAGAAGUGCCAAACCGGAAUCAAGAUUCCUGUCCCCAGUGGUUACACUUUAAAAGGAAGUUGGAUGACAACAUUUUGCAACCAGAUUCAAUUAAACGCAAUUAAGAUAAAGGAAUGUUUGAAAGGAAAACUCAUUUACCUCCUGGGAGACUCUACACUCCGUCAGUGGAUCUACUACUUACCCAAAGUAGUAAAAACACUAAAAUUUUUUGAUCUUCAUGGAACUGGACUUUUGAAGAAACACUUGCUUCUGGAUGCAGAAAAACAUACUCAGAUUCAGUGGAAAAAACAUAGCCAUCCUUUUAUUACUCUUCAGCUCUAUUCUGUGAUAGAUGAGGAUUAUGUCCCUCGGGAAAUUGACCGUAUAACAGGUGACAGAAACACAGCUGUUGUCAUCUCCCUUGGCCAGCACUUCAGACCCUUCCCCAUUGAUAUUUUCAUUCGUAGGGCCAUCAAUGUCCGGAAGGCUAUUGAACGGUUGUUCUUAAGAAGCCCGGCUACUAAAGUGAUCCUUAAGACAGAAAACAUCAGGGAAAUGCACAUAGAAACAGAGAGGUUUGGAGACUUCCACGGCUACGUUCAGUAUCUUACCAUGAAGGACAUUCUCCAAGAUCUCAACGUGGGUGUCAUCGAUGCUUGGGACAUGACCAUUGCAUAUGGCACCAAUAACGUCCACCCACCUGACAAUGUGAUUGGACAGCAGAUUAAUAUGUUCCUAAACUACGUGUGCUAAAGGAUGAAGAUAGAAAAGGACCAGGAACCAUCUGUACUGGUUUUGUAUAUAUUAUGUCACCCAGAAAAAGCCAUGUUCUCUGAUGCAAUCUUGUGGGGGCAGACAUAUUAGUGUUGAUUAAGAUGGAACCUUUGGAUUAGGUUGUUUCCGUGGAGAUGUGAC